AUGAAUGCCAUCAUGGGAACUAUUAAGGAAAAGGGACAGGACUCCACGGUGCUGGCGCACGUGCUGCGCCUGCUGAACGAGCGCCACGGCUACGGCCUGCGCCUCCUGCUGCUGUCCGUGGACGAGGGCAUCGCCGGCUACCGGGACGACUCGCUGGCCGCCGUCCGGCGCAGCCGGGGCCGCCUGGGCCUGCCCCUGCACGUGGUCUCCUACCAGGAGCUCUACGGCUGGAGCAUGGACCGCAUCGUCCGGCACACCGGCUCCAGGAACAACUGCACCUUCUGCGGCGUCUUCCGGAGGCAGGCGCUGGACCGCGGCGCCGUCUUGCUCGGGGCGGACAAGAUCGCCACAGGUCAUAACGCCGACGAUGUGGCUGAGACAAUCCUGAUGAAUUUCCUGCGGGGGGACGUCGGGCGGCUUCAACGCUGUGCCGAAAUCCUGACGGGGGGCGAGGGAGCGCUGCCCCGCUGCAAGCCGCUGAAGCACGCUUACGAAAAAGAGAUCGUGCUCUACGCCUACUUCCAGGGCUUGGACUACUUCAGCACCGAGUGCGUCUACGCCCCCAAUGCCUACCGGGGCCACGUCCGUGCCCUGCUCAAAGAUCUGGAAGCUAUCCGGCCCAGCUCGGUGGCUGACCUGGUGCACUCAGGGGAACGGCUGGCUGUGCGCAAAGAUGUUCGCUUGCCUGUCCAGGGCACCUGCCGGCGGUGUGGCUACUUCUCCAGUCAGCCCCUUUGCAAAGCGUGUGUGCUGCUGGAAGGGCUCAACCGUGGGCUCCCUAAGCUGGCCAUUGGCAAAACCAACCGCCUGCAGAAGGCUUUGUUGGAGGGGGAAAAGCCAAGGGCUGAUUUAGAAACAGAAGAGAACUCACGAGUUGGAAGGACAAUAGACUUCUGAGCUCCCUCCUUUUAUGCCCCCUUUUCCUGCUCAGGGUUGCUGAGGUGGGAUGGAGAUUAAGGGGGGAAAAAGACUCUUAAGAAGGAACAGCAUAGAUUUGGGGGUCAGGAAGCAGUGCACCCCCAUCCCAGUUGCUGGACCACAACUCCCAGCCGUCCCAGGCAGUAUGGACAAUAGUGAUGGUUGCUCAGCAGCCAUCUUGCAAAGGUCAUUGGAUCCCCAGUCGUGGUGGUUGCUGCUUUUGCGUCAAAGAAGCAGCAACCACACUUUCUGUGCUGCCCUUCCCUGAUCAGGAGCCCUCUGGGUGUGUUGGGCUUCAGGUCCCUUGAGCCCCAUCCAGCCUUUGCUCCUGUUGGCUGGGGGUUGUGAAGAUAGUGUGCAAACAUCUGGAGGGCUCUAAGUUGUGUGGGGAGGCUGCUUUCUGAGCAUUGCUGCUGCCUCCCAAAGUGGUGGUGGUGGCCACAACGUUUAAGGAUGGUCCUCCAGGAGAGUUUUUCCUGUUUCAGAAUAAUCGUUUUAAAGCUUACUGAACCCAGCUUUUGACCAUUGCCCAAUAGGGAUCUUCCCUUCUGGUCUUGAAUUGUGCAAUUGAGGGUCAUAAGAAGCUGUUUGAACCCCACCUAGACCAGACCAUCCAUGAUGGCUGUUCCCUCUGAAGAUCUCAGGUUGAAGUUGCUCCUUUCUACAGGGAGUGGGUUUUUGUUUUAAACUGGAGAUACCGGGGGUUAAACUCUGUGCAUCAGUGUGGGGUAGACAUUCAUGGCCUUCGUGGCUCUCCCCUCUGCAGCUCCCCUCUUUUUCUUCAUUAAACCCUUGGACGUGCCACUCAACCCCACUUUUAACAGACUUGGUUGCCAGAUUCAUGCAUUUUGCCAGACUACUCUGUGUUUUGUUUUGUUUGCCUUAGCAAGAGGUGUGAACCAAAUCAUUACAGUGUUUUAUGCAAGCCAAACCCCAAACCGUGUUGUUAAAAAACUCCUAUCUGAAAUUCUGGGUAUGCUCAGCCCCUAACCUGGUUCUCACAAACAUGCUAAAGCAAGAGUUACUGAAAAAGUCUCAAUACUGGGCUUGGUAUGCACAAUAUGCAGGUAAUGAGCCCUAGUUUGCCAAAUUUACCAACUGUGCUGAAUCCUAGCCAAACAAAUUACAGCUUAGUGGGAUGUGUGACGUGUCUCUGAAGCGUCAGUACAUGUAUAUGCCAAUCUGUGGUUUGCUUUUGGCAAUUUUCUGACACAUCAAUCCCAUAGACACUCCAAUGUAGAUCCAAAUUUUGCAAAUUUCUUGUGUUAUGGGAUAAUCGUUAAAAAGGUAAAGACUUUGUCAAAUCGAGCUCAACUGCAGAGCCCACAUCAAGUAGUUUUCUUGGCAAUAAUAUGGAAGUAUUUUUCUACUGCCAUCUUUUCCAUUUCUACCUGUGGGAUUUUCUGGAGGUCUGUCCAAAUCCCAACCAGGUCCCACUGUGUACCUGUUUCAAGAUCAGCUAAGUUUGGCUAGAUCCUGCCAGCUAGCUGGGUACGGGAAAGUCAGACUUCUGUCCCUAUCUCAGUAUGAAUUAAGACUUGCCCUUUCAUUCAGAGCUAUUCCACAGCUCUGGAGUUGCUUAUAUUUAUGUAUGUAUUUAUUUAAAUUUAUUGGCUGCCCAACUCCAGUGGACUUUGGCAUAAAGGAAUAAUGCAGACUGUUGUCUAAGAGCUCUGAAAUAUGUGGCCCUAAAGGGAAACCAUUGGAAAUGGACAUUCUUGGAGAACUGGCCCUAAAGGGAAACCAAAUCUUUCUCAGCAGAAUGUAAUUUGGUAGAAUGGACCUUUCCUUCAUCUCCCACUAAGAAAAGAAUUGGUGGAGGAACAGUGCCAAUCAUGUAAGGUUUCUAGUUGCAGUGAGUCGUUUCUUGGAAGGAAGAGAGCUUGGGGGAUGUUCACUCAGCCAUAGCAUCCAUGAGAGUUGAAUUCCAUGAGAGUUGAAUUCUUGAUCAUUACCUCUAGUGAGGGAGUGCCUCUCAAAGUCAAUUUUUCCAUGGCUGGAGGGCUGUUAGCACUAAGUAAUUUCUCCUGAAGUUUUUUGAAUUUAAAUCUGUUUCCUUGCAUGCCUCUUUGUAAAAUGUUAAUUCUUAAGGAGCUUAUCUAAGAAGCUGCCAUCUCUCUGGAAUGCUAGGAAUUGGGUUUCAAGGUCUGUAUAUUUGUCAUGGGGUUGGAUCCAGUGGGUGGAAAGAUCUGAAGUGGUUUGGGUCAGAGGUGGCCUUGGAUCUUCUGGAUCCAAAGCUGCUCCACUCCUCCCAGAAACAUCAAGAAUAGUCUAUCACUUACUCUAGUUUGAAACCAGAUAUCUGAAGAUAAUGCACUCCUGCACAUCUUCUGCUGGUAGAGUUGUGGUCGUGAUGGAUCAUCUGCUCACUCGUCUAAGUUUCCUGCCUUUCUCUCUUACAAAUUGCUCUCUUUAAUCGGAAGAAAUCUGGUAGCACCUUUUCCAACUAACAAAUUCUAUUAAAAGGCAUAAGUUUUUGUGAGCUACAGUUCAUGAAAGCUUAUGCCUUUUAAUAAAACUUGUUAGUUGGAAAAAGUGCUACCAGGCUCUUCCUGACUUUUGUCAUUAAUUGGGCGACAGCCGUUUGUGCCUUUUUUUACUCACUUGCCUUCUCCAAUCAUUGAUUAAUUGAUUUCUUACAUUUAUGUCCCACCUUUCAUUCAGGAGUUCAAGGGUACAUACACAGUGAUCCUUCCUACUAUUUCAUCCCCACAAUGGUAACCUUGUGAGUUAGGGUGGGCUAAAAGAGGGAGACCGAUGAGUGAUUGGGUCAAAGUCACCCAGCAAGCCCACUGUGGGUUUGAACCCAACUCUUGCUGGUCCUAGUUCAGCACCUUAACCAUUAUACUGCACUGGCUUUCAAAUCUAUGAUGAUUGCAUCUUAUCUGGCAUGAAUCUAUACCUCCUAUUACUCCUGCACAAAUCUCAUUGUCCAUAAAGUAGGUUUGUAUACUGACUGGCACGCAACUUUUGAGAUGAUUUGCGUCUCCGCGCAUUGCAGGAUGUAGGCAUAGUUUCCUGCAACAAGAAUCUUGGACUGAGUGGAUAAAAACCAGGCUAUUUGGGGAUUUAUGCCUUAGCUAUCUGAAUUUUGGACUCUCCCCUUACAAGUACCAGAUCUCAUUUCUCAGACCAACAUUAGGAAACACAGUGAACUGAUUCACGUAUCAUCUUAAGCCACAGUUGGUUAGCUGAGUCCCAAAUGUCUGGGGCUGCAUAUUCUGCUAAGCCCCUAUAUCAGUGUUUCUCAACUUUAACACACUGAAAUACAAGGAGUAUCAGGGUUAUAGUCUAAACUGAGAAGCCAAAGAAGAAUGUAGUGGCGAAUGGCUUCUACGCUGUUGCUGAGAUAACUGCGUGGACUGACGGAUGUAUUCUGAGACCAGGAGGACUUCUCCUUGUAUGAUUCUCUAUACUAACUAGGAAUUUUUCACUGAAAUUUCCUUCUCCUUUAGAGGGAGAGGGGAAAAAAUCAAAAGCAAUGCAUUUUUCACCAAACUGAAGGAAAGUAAUUAAUGGGGAAACACAGAAGAAAUACUCAGGGUAGGGCCUUCCCCCACAUAAAUUGGGGCUCCCUGACUUUUUCCCUACCUUUAGGAAAUGUGGUGGUGCCCCAUCCUGACCCUUUGUACUUGGUCCCAGUGCAUGUUGCAGCCUUUGGAGUGAUGUGGACUUUGCCUCCCAAGAUGGGAGGGGGAUAUAGUCACAGAAGCAUGAGGUCAUUCUUCAGGGAAAGGGGCUCAGGGCUGGGAUGGCGGAUGACCGUUGUUGCCUUGGCUUGUUGCUCUUCUCCAAGGUGGGCUUUGAGUGAUCUAGAAGGUCAAAAGUAGCAUGGCUCAUCAAUUGAGCUAAAUUAAAACCAUGGUUGGCUCAGCUAUGAUUUAUUGAGGAAAUCUCAGUGGACUGAGUUUUCACCCUAUGAUUAUCAGUUACUCUAUUGGUUAUAUUUUACCUUUCUGCUCAAAGGGCUUGCAGCCAUAAACCAAACAAAUCAUACUAGGGGGUAUCAUGCUGCUAGGACCCAGCACUGGCAGCCAGCCUCAGUAGACCUGUCCUCCAGGAAUAUACACAAUCCUCUUAAAGUCAUCUAAGUUGGUGCCCAUCAUAUAUUGCAGUAAUGAAUUCCACACAUGAAUUAUGCACUCUGUGUUUCCAACCAGCAGAGCCAGGAUUAUGACCUCUGGUCUGUAUUAGAGAUGCCAUAGGUCUUCCGACAUCUGCUGUCUCACCUUUCAAGUGGCAAUGCCAGGGACUGAACCCAAGGCUGCUUGUGUGCAAAGCAUGUACGUUGGCCCUCCCCCUGCUGAAGUGUCAUAGUUUGGUUUGUACAGACUGACAUUAAGCCACAAGGAGUUUUAGGUUUCACGUUCUUUAAAAGCCAGGCCACUGUCUUGUUCAACAAAUCGUGGUUUUGAAAGUUGUGGAGGGAAAUCACACUGUUUUCAAUACAAGAGCAAAAACUGCAGUACGAAAGGGAGAUGUGGAAAACCAUUUGGCAGAGUCUGACCUGGGAAGCAUAAGAAUAUAAGAAAGCCAUCACUGGGUCUUCCGCAUCCUCAGCAUUUGGGUUCCCUCAUGUGCUGAAACUUAGUAACUUGAAAGUGAACAUUGAAAAGUAACUCAGAAGUUUAACUUCUUUAUGUAGGUAUUUUUUCCUGCAGACUAAUUUCCACAAGAGGCAGGUGAUUCAUCCGUGAGUCACCACACGUACCUUCUGAGUUCACUUUCAGAUCAGCCUAUUUUGUUUGAAAGAAGACGUGGAUUGUCAAAAAUGUUUGGCUGACCCUGAAAGUGAGAUUUUUGUUACACACGUGUUUCUGCUUCUUCUCUUUGGCCAAUGGAGUUGUCCUGUCCUGAUUGAGAUUCGCCCUGCUGGAUGCUCUUUAAGAUGGCCUCAUUUUUUGGUUUUCUUAAAAAAUGGCUUUGAACAUAAAUUGUUAUUAAUUUGUUACAGCUCCCCUUUGAGUCACCACUGCUGGCUAUCUCACAUAGCUAGAAACACCCAGCCAUACGAAGGCCUUCUCCCUCGCCUGAUGUCACGGCUCUCCCCUCUGCAGUUUUGGACGGCAGCUAUUAAAAAGUAGGCUCUGUGAUUCUGAAGAGGUGGAAAACCACAGAACAGGUUCUUCGUGGCUCCUUUUAUAGAGACAUUCAAACCAGAUUUGUCCUACCUCUGAUCAGUAGAUUUCCUGAUUUCUCAGAUGCACCCCAUGCCCAGAUGCUCCUUAUAGAUGACCUACCAUUUAUUAUUAGGUCUGGUUGUGCUGUAAUUUCUACUUGAACCUGUGUGAUGUACUAAUUCAGUCCCUCAUAAAGGAAUUCCUAGGGAAAGACAAUCACCAGUACAUCUCCUAUCUUCCAGGACAGCGUUUCUUAAAGUGUGGUCUGAGGACACCUGUGGGUCCCCCAAGACCCUUUCAGGGGUCCACAAAAUCAAAAUUACU